GCCGGCAGGGCAAAGGGCGGGGUUAGACGCUGUCAGCCUGUCCAGACUUUUCCUCUGUUUCCGCUUGUUCCUACUAACAGCGAGCCUCUGCCAAUACUUGUUCUUGUUCUUGGUUCCGAAAGUUAGGGAGCGGGUGAGGGAAGGAUUGUCUGCAGGGAUUGGAGCAAACACCCAGCCGGGGGAAAGGCGGGACUUCCGCGUCUUGCCGGAAGUGAUGUGAUAGUCGCGGCCACAGCCAGGUGGAACGGCAGGUGGGUUCAGGUACCAGCCUGGCCCGGACCCGGCUGUAGGACUAACGCUUCCGGUGAGCAACAGAGGCAGCUCCCCAGGGACUGGAGACCCUUGGGCCGGGCUCUGGGAUCUGAGCCCAUCAUCCUGGCCUGGAGUCCCCCCUUGUACCUAAUCCAGUUCCCCAGUCCCCUACCGAGCUGGGCAGUUAGCCAGCCCGUUCCAACUCUCGGAACCAUGUUUGCAGACUUGGAUUAUGACAUCGAAGAGGAUAAACUCGGAAUCCCGACUGUGCCUGGAAAGGUGACCCUGCAGAAGGAUGCUCAGAACCUGAUCGGGAUCAGCAUUGGAGGAGGAGCCCAGUACUGUCCCUGCCUCUAUAUCGUGCAGGUAUUUGACAAUACCCCAGCAGCCUUGGACGGCACAGUGGCAGCUGGGGAUGAGAUCACUGGCGUCAAUGGCAGAUCAAUCAAAGGGAAAACUAAGGUGGAGGUGGCAAAGAUGAUUCAGGAGGUGAAGGGGGAGGUGACCAUCCACUACAACAAGCUGCAGGCGGACCCCAAGCAGGGCAUGUCCCUGGACAUUGUGUUGAAGAAAGUCAAGCACCGGCUGGUGGAGAACAUGAGUUCAGGGACCGCAGAUGCUCUGGGCCUGAGCCGGGCCAUCCUGUGCAAUGAUGGGCUUGUCAAGAGGCUAGAGGAGCUGGAGCGGACCGCCGAGCUGUACAAAGGGAUGACGGAACACACCAAGAACCUCCUACGGGCCUUUUAUGAGCUGUCACAGACUCACCGGGCCUUUGGGGAUGUGUUCUCCGUGAUCGGGGUGCGGGAGCCCCAGCCGGCUGCAAGCGAGGCUUUCGUGAAGUUUGCUGAUGCCCACCGCAGCAUCGAGAAGUUCGGCAUUCGGCUUCUGAAAACCAUCAAGCCGAUGCUGACAGACCUGAACACGUACCUCAACAAGGCCAUCCCGGACACUCGCCUCACCAUCAAGAAGUACCUGGACGUGAAGUUUGAGUACCUGUCGUACUGCCUGAAGGUGAAGGAGAUGGACGACGAGGAAUACAGCUGCAUCGCCCUAGGCGAGCCCCUUUACCGGGUGAGCACUGGCAACUACGAGUACCGUCUGAUCCUGCGCUGCCGCCAGGAGGCUCGCGCCCGCUUCUCCCAGAUGCGCAAGGACGUGCUGGAGAAGAUGGAGCUGCUGGACCAGAAGCACGUCCAGGACAUCGUGUUCCAGCUGCAGCGCCUCGUGUCCACCAUGUCCAAGUACUACAACGACUGCUACACGGUGCUUCGGGGUGCUGACGUCUUCCCCAUCGAGGUGGACCUGGCGCACACCACACUGGCCUACGGCCUCAACCAGGAGGAGUUCACCGACGGGGAGGAGGAGGAGGAGGAGGAGGACACGGCUGCUGGGGAGCCGUCCAGGGAUACACGCGGGGCUGCUGGGCCCUUGGACAAGGGUGGAAGCUGGUGUGACUCCUGAGUGCCCCGAGGAUGGAUGUGGUGCCGGGGGCAGGGUGUGUGGGAGGACGGAGCCUGGGAACGAGGCAGGGCUGCUGCUCAAGGGGGCGUCGCAUAAAGGCCUGCUGGCUUGGGGCGCCUGCCUCCCUUUUCCUCUGUCCUCACACAGCGAACCUGGGCUCCUGCCCAGGGCAGGCACCAGGGUCACGGCCUCAGACCUGGACACUGGCCCCCCACCCUCCCUUCCCUCCCCAGCCAGAGGGAGAGCUUGGUCUCUGGACCUGCCUUAGGAAGGAGAGGGAGGGCAGGAAGGAAAAGGGCUUGGAGGUGGCAGGAGUCUGGGCCCUGCCCCUUGUGGGCACCCGCACCGCCCCCAGAGCCUGCCGGGAGUGAGGCCGGGGGUGGACAGCAGGGGCUGGGGCCGAUGUCGCCUGGACACCCUCGCCUCGCCCCAGAUCGGCCCGUCCCCAUCACACCUCCGCGGCCUUUAUUUAUUCUGUUCCCCCAGCUCGGCCACUUCUCUGGAGGAGGGCUGGGCUCUGGGCCUGUAUUGAAUAAACACAAACCUGGAUGGUGCUUCAGACCCUCCUCAUC